AUGCCUGGCUGCUACGAUAACCGAGACCCCAAACUCCCACGCUCGCAGCUUCGCGAAAUCGGCGUCCGUCUAUCUACCCAGAUCGACGGCGCGGCACACAGCAUCCCCCAUCACUCCACCCAGCUAACCUACAGACAAUUGCAACGUCACUAUCUUGAGAGACAGCCAGAAGACUGGCCUCUUAGCCAUAUCGACGCCGAACUCCUAUUCCCCCCCUCAGCACCGCUCUCGGGGGCCACAACCGGCUACGUCAACUGGUUCUAUGAACACAAGCGCGGGCCCGCAAGCCCCAAACACCUCGAGCUGCUAGGAACAACUGCACGGGGCUGCAUCGUCCUGAGAGUACUAUGGCGGGUACCGGGCUCGCAAGCGUCUGAGGUUCCCUACGUUUCGAACGUCGCGUUGUGUCUUUACGAGCAUGAGCAUGGGCGCCUGGAGAGUCUGCGGUAUAUUUUUCGUCGAUUCGGUGACCAACCAUCAAACGGCGGCUCUGGUGAGGCACAUCUUGCCGCACUGGGGGCCCGAAGCCCCGGGGGAUCGACAGAUGGAAACGUGGGAGCAUGGAACGCCGGAGUAUCAGGCGGUGCUGGGGACGAGGAUCGGACGCACGGUGGCAUACAUGAUCCUGGCGGGGUUUCAGGGAGGGACGCGUCGCAUUGCGAGGAUCAGCGUUUAUCGUGA